AUGCUGACCCAGCAGCUACGCCUGCUCACCGAGGCGCUGCGGCCGCCGCACGGCUGCCACCUGAGCGGCCUCUUCUGCCGGCUGGGCGGCGUGCGCCAGCUGCUGCAGCUCGCCACGGACGCGCACUUCGCGCCGUUGCGGCUGCACGUGCUGCGCGCCCUCUCGGCCGUCUGCUGCGCCGUGCCGUGCGUCCGUGCCAUGGAGGAGGAGGGCGGGGUUGACCUUGUCUGCCAGCUGCUCUGUGACCCAUCGCUGCCGGUGGGGGUGCGGCACGAGGCUGCUGCGGUAUUGGCGCAGAUGACAGCACCCUGGCUGACCGCUAAUCACAAGGUCCACGGACUCACGUGCCACCUGCCGGGCGUCGUACAAGCGCUCACAGAUAUGGCCGAGGAGGCAGCCGGUGAGGAGGUGCUGCUGCUGUCGGCCGCCGGCCUGGCCAACCUGACCUUCAUCGAGCGCCAAGUCCUGCCGCAGCUGACGUCUCGCAGCUCGCCGGAGAAGCUCGUCGCGGCUGCCGAACGAUUCCCCAACAACGUCUUCAUCCUGGAUCAGGUGGCCACCGUGCUGGCCAACGCAGCGAGCGGCGGCGACAGCAGACUGCGGCGGCUGGCCGUGCCGGCUCUGGUGCAAUACCUGCAGGUGACGGCCGACCAGCGGUGGCCGGACAGCACGCAGGCCGCCUACCGCCGACUCCAGCAGAAGACGGCUGUGGCGCUCACACGGCUGUGCGUCGACCGGCGCACGGCCUGCCACCUGGUGUCAGCUGGCGCAACUACCCGGCUGGAGCGGCUCUGCCGUGAGCCGGAGCUACGCGGCAGAGACGACGGCGUGCUCGUGGCGUGUCUGACGUCUCUGCGACGGAUUCUGAGCUUCUGCCCGGAGGAGAGGGCGCAGAAGGCGUGCGACCUCGUGCAACCCAAGCUGAUGGAGGUGUUUAUGCACCUGUCGUCGGAGGGCGACAGCGAAGACGAGAAGCGGCGGUGACGGAGGAUGGCGGGAUGGCGGCCGGCUCCGGAGGGGGCCAGUAAGGCCCGGUCCCGCGGGGCCAGUAAGGCCUGGUCCCGCGGCGCCGGCGGCCAGCGGGUGAACCGUCACCAACUACGCGAGGAGAGCCGACAUCAGUGACGAGACACCGCACCAGGGAAGUGACGUCAGUGCCGAGGGGACGCCCCAGAGGUGACGUUAGUGAUGACGGAACGCGCCAGAGAUAACGUCAGUGACGAAGGGUCACGCCAGUGAAGACGUCCCGGGAAGUCGUGACGCUGUUUCCGUCCGCGAACACUUGGCCGUGCGGGUGCUCUCGUGGUGCCGGGGCGUGCCGUUUCAAA